AUGGAAUCAUCUGUCAACCUGAAAAAGUGGUCUACUGUUUCGAAGAUCUACCAGUCCGAUGGUCGGCUAAAAACAGCAAGGUCUUAUCUAGACGGGUGUUACCUAUAUAGUAUCAAUAAAGGGUAUCAAAAGACAAAUUUCUACUGUGUUCAGCAGCAGUUGGUGAAGGGCAGGCCAACACCUACACUUUUCACUACUACGGAUGAGAACUUCCAUGCUGCUAUCAAAAGGCCUGUUUCCUCUGCCUAUUCCAUGAGUACUCUGAUUGAAUUUGAGCCAUUCGUCGACAGGACCAUCCAGACUUUCUUUGAGAAAUUGGAUACAUUUGUUGUCACGAAGAAAGUCUGCGAUAUUGCUACUUGGCUACAAUAUUAUGCGUUUGAUGUUAUCGGAGAACUGACAUUUAGCAAGCCUCUUGGAUUCCUCGAGAAGGGUGCCGACGUGGAUGGAAUCAUCGUUGCAUUAGAACGCAUGCUUGAUUACUUCGGGAAGAUCGGUCAGAUGCCAUGGCUUGACUACGUUUUCAUAAAGAACCCCUUGAAAGGUCUUUUUAGAGGAGGCUCAAGAGGAGCUAUCGCUCGCUUUGCACGCGCACGAGUUGAUGAAAGAUUGAAGGAGAUGAACAUUUCAACAAGUAACUCACGACAGAAGGAUUUUCUUACUCGCUUCCUGGAAGCAAAGACGGAACACCCGAAUGUUGUCGACGAUAAUCAGGUAUUCUCAUACACAGUCAGCAAUAUGAAUGCUGGCUCAGAUACAACCGCGAUUUCUCUACGAGCAAUUUUAUACUACAUUCUCAAGCACCCUCUAGUACAUGCAAAGCUAAACACAGAGCUCAAUCUCGCCUUGGAAGAGCGUCAGAUCUCGUUGCCCGUGUCGUGGAAGCAAAGUCAGGAGCAACUCCCUUAUCUCGACGCAGUCAUUAAAGAGGCUUUGCGGCUACAUCCAGCCGUGGGACUAAUGCUUGAACGAGUUGACCCAGCUGACGGUCUUCAGCUUCCUGGUGGUCCAUUUCUACCGGCGGGGACGAUAGUCGGUGUGAAUCCAUGGAUUAUACACCGCCAUCCUGCCUUUGGGGAGGAUGUGGAAUCCUUUGUGCCCGAACGUUGGCUCAAGAUGGGUGAUGAGUCCGAGUCUGAAUUUUAUGUGCGGAAGCAGAAGAUGAACAUCAGCCUGCUGGAGAUAUAUAAGUUGAUCCCAACACUGUUUCUGAACUAUGAGAUCGAAUUAAAUGAUCCGAGUGCUGAACGGAACCUUGUUAAUGCUUGGUUUGUGAGGCAGAAACAUAUGGAUGUGAAGCUGGCGCAUAUCAGUGGGAUGAGCCUCAGGAGAUAG